AUGUGCGCCGUAGCGACGGGGCCUAACCCCAUCCCAGUCUCCCCAUAUUGGAGCAAGAAGUUGCCUGGUAGAGAGGAGAAGGAGAAUGCCAAGGGUCCGGACUUGGGAGAGAACCAGCAACCCUUGGCAAUACAGUCUCACGCCGGGACAACGUUGCUAAUUGAAGAAGGACAUACGAGUAAAAGGGACCACCGCAGCGAGCUACACAGCGAUGCGGGGAUGCGUGAGACGAUAGGACACGCGGCACUGUCACCGGAGGUGGCAACUGCGCGCGACCCGCCGGCAGUCCCACUGCCAGAUGGGGCUGGGUGCCGACGGGAGGCUUUCGUUGGCAACAGAUUUACGAGAGGUCGUAUUAGUCAGUCUGGAGACUGCCCUCAGCGUAGGGUGGCGGGACGGUCCGAAGGGGACCUCACGCAAGACACAAGCGUCGUGCUGCCACCCUGGAGACUGCCCUCAGCGUAG